AUGGAUGAAGAAGAGGUUCGUGUCUGUGAGUUGAUUCGCGAUAUAGCGGAUGUGAAUAAGCGGGAUGCGGCGUUGCAUGAAUUGAGCAAGCGGCGCGAGACGUUUCCUCAGAUGGCACGUUAUCUAUGGUUUUCGUUUGGUACAAUGGCGGCAUUUCUACAGGAGAUAAUAGCGGUAUAUCCAUUGAUGAAUCCGUCUACAUUGACGGCGGCGCAAAGUCAACGAGUGUGCAACUGCUUGGCUCUGUUGCAAUGUGUUGCAUGCCAUCCGGAGACGAAGCGGUAUUGUCUGAAGGCACAUAUCCCACUCUAUCUUUACCCGUUCCUGAAUUGUUCGUCGAACUCGAAAGCGCUUGAAUUCCUACGUCUGACAGCACUUGGUGUCAUUGGCGCCUUGGUCAAAGGCGACGACCCUGAGGUCCUACGCUUCCUGCUCCAGUCUGAGGUAGUCCCGCUCUGUCUCCGUAUCAUGGACAACGGAAAUGAACUACCCCAAACUGUAGCAACCUUCGUCGUUCAAAAGGUACUCGGACAAGAAGAAGGACUCCUGUACCUCUGCGCUACCGCCGAGCGCUUCUACGCCGUAUCCAGUAUACUAUCUUCCAUGGUCAACGGCACCUCCGCAGGCACUGCUACCAACGAAAGAGUACCGCCAACCCCUAGGCUUCUCAAACACAUCGUCAAGUGCUACCUCCGCCUUUGCGACAACCGAAAGGCAAGAGAGGCUUUCAAACACUGCCUGCCGGAAGCUUUCAAUAACGACUCUCUGUCAAGUCAAAUAGAAGAGGACCCGCAAAUAGGGCGGUGGAUAAGCCAAAUUGUGCUGUCGGUUCAAACGAACCAACCCCCUACUAACACUGACUAG